GCGCUCCUGAGGCACUCUUGCUCUUUCCUCUUCGAGCUAGUGCCUUGCGGACACUUGGCCUGUUCUGAACGGGAUCAAAGGCACUCAUGACUACGCUAUCGUUCGUCAGUCUAUCCCAACUCCUCGGUCCUCUCCGCCCUCCGCACCUGAUCCCACUGCGGCCAUUGUAGCUAACAAGAGAUCCUCCGGGGACUACUCUAUGGAAUCUUCCCGUGGUGGCUUGCCGCCUCCCUCGACUCUGGCAUUGCCGCCGCCGGAUGUCGGCUUCUCCGCCAUGAAUUCCGUGAAUCAACCACUGCCGCGCCCUCCAGCGCAACGGCAGAGCGCCGAUGAUACCAGUCAGUACUGGCAUGCGAAAGCUGAGGAAGACCGGAGAAGGCAAGAGGAAGAACGAACCCGUCAGGAAUCUCUGCGUCUAGAGCAGCGGAAGAUCGAACAGAGUAUGCUUCGAGAUUCCUUGCAAGCCGGCGUACCUCCUCAUAUGAUUCCGCUCAUCUUCGCGGGCAUCAGCCAGAAUGGCGUCCCGCAAUCAGUCAUAGAAUGGACCCAACAACAUAUGACGCAGGCGCCUGCCGGUCCCCGUGCGCCACCACCUUCUGCACCGGCUCUAUCUCAUCCAUCUCAGCGGCGCAGCUUGCACGCCCGCGGAGAAUCUCGCUCCAUCCCCCCUGGUCCGUAUGCGGCUCCACCGCAACAGGUCGUACCUCCACCGGGGAUCCUGUUAUCACAACCUCUUCCUCCGGGGCCACCACCCGCUCCGCAGCCACUCGGCCGGUCUCCAUUACCCAAUGGACCAGCGGAUCCCCGGGGUCCGCCCAUGCCGCGACCCAAUCCUGGUGAACUGCUGGCUCGACAUCAACCUCCGAUUAACUUGAGCAACGUUCAUUAUGCCCCGGGGUCAUCUAUCCCGCAUGCUCAGCAUGUAGGGAGCAAGCCGGAUAGUCAACACCGACAAUCUCCAUCCCUGUACUUUCAUCACUGGGUUCCUCCAAGUCAGUCCCAACCGAAUACGCCUUCCGGAAGGAUCCGACAAGAAUCGCCUUUUGCAUCGCAAGUCUCUCGUCGCCCAGAGUAUCAAAGUUCCCCUGGACGGAAAAGAAAAGACACCGGCCCUCACCAGCCGGCUCCUUUCCCGUCAUCACGCCCUACUGAAACAGUUCCCGGUGUUUCUCAAGUCUCCCGACCUGGCUCCCCAUUGGGGUCAGUUCCGCAUGCCGAACCUUCGGUUCAUAGCCGUCAGCACAGCAGCGCAUCCGCUAUGUAUGAGCCCCGUGGCCUAGAACAGUCAGGUUUUGAACGCGGUAGCACAGCUGCGAGUGCAGCUCAUCAUGCGCAGAGUGUGAUACCUCCCACAGAAGACCCGGGUUUAAGAAAGGACUAUGACCGAGUAGACGCUCUAGAACGUCGGGGCGAGCCGGCUCCAGCGGAGGGUAGCGUGCAGUACCCACCUGCAGCGUCCCAACUACAGUAUUCUUCCAGUAUCGGGACUGCACCCCCUGACUCAGAUUUGGACAGCAGUCCCGGGCCUUCUCCAACUUCAGGGAUACCGCGAGCACCCACCCAGCCUGGUGACCAUGGUGCUGCGCCCCCCCGGUAAUCAUCUGGGGGGUUUGCGCAAACAAUCGUCUAUUCUAUACAUACGACCGUGUCGUCCCUAUACCAGUUGAUUGGUCGACGAAAUAGAUGACUUUACGAAGCAGUCUACCAAAAGCAUGUUCUUGUUUUCAACCAGCCCCCCUCCCUCUGAACCCGACUCUCCUUUUUAUUCUCUUUGUUCUCUACCAAUGCAUCCCACCUUCUACAGUGAUCUCACAUGUAUACCACUCACCCCUCCCGACUGGCUCGCGGAGGCCAUUUACAUAUGACAUACUAUCUCCUGUAUUUACUGGAAUCUGUCACCGGCGCUUGAGGUGCGGUGCUAGAUGCCCAAGAAAGCAAGA